AGGAGGAGGAAGAAGCGGCUGCAGCUAGCAAAAAAGCAAGCCCGGGGUGAGGCAGGCAAGUGAACCCGCCCGAGCUGCCCAGGCCAGGCGGGCUCAGGCAAGGCAGGAGCACCGGGGGCCGCGGACCGUCGCGUCUUUCACCACCUCCCCCCUCCCCCUCGCACGCCCGUCCCGUCCCCUCCCCUCCACCCAGCUCCGAUCUCGGCCAACGCCUCUUGCAGUGCGGCGGCGGCGGCGGCGGAGGCGGCGGCGACGCCCGGGAGCUGCCCUUUCCUCUUCGGUGAAGUUUGUACAAAGCGUCGGAGACCUCGGAGGAAGCAAGCAAAGUGCUGAGGCAGGAGGAGGAUCGGCGGCAGGCUCGGCGGCAGGCUCGGUGGCAGGCUCGGUGCUCCCUCCGCCAACCCCCGCCCCAGCCACCGCCUCCUCCUCCCCGCCGUGAGCGCCCCGUCACCUCUGCCGGCGGCCGCCCCCAGCCCGAGUUUGCAGAGAGGUAACUCCCUUUGGCUGCGAGCGAGAAGCGAAGGAAGGAAGGAACGAAAGAAGGAAGGAAGGAAGGAAAGAAAGGAGGCAGAGAGAGCGAGCACCGGGCAAGCGAGCUGCACGCUGGCAGCACAGCCGGAGCGGGAGCCGUGCGCCUGGACACCGCGAGCCUAACCCGGGGACCCAGCCCGGGACUUGGCUAGCCAGCCAGCCCGCUGGCCGGCGCAGGGCGGGCCCCCUCCCGCUCAGCACCCCUCCCCCUCGUUUCGCCCCCUCCCUUCCAGCGUCCCCCGGCCCCGCCUCGCCUCCUCCCUCUGCCCCUUCACCCCGGGAGCUCGGGGCCAGAGAUCAAAAGAUGAGCCAGCAGCCUCGGCUCGCCCCAGUAGUGUAGAGAGCCAGCUCUCCCUGGCACCUGCUUCCGUGGGCUCAGACUUUGCCAGGCGCCUGGGGGCCUUGGGGCUUUUUUUUUUGAGGAGGGUGCCUCUGUGUGCAGGGGAGGGGGCGUGUUUUUGUUUUGCUUCUGCAAUAACUGAGCAUCUCUUGCAUACAACCGAGUGCCCAGGGACUGUCAGCUGACGAGGGCAGACUCGGGAGUCCCCCGCGUGCGCCCGGGGUGACGAACCUCACAGACACACACGCGCACACACACACUCAGACACACACACACACACGCACACGCACACACACACACUCACACAGCCAGAGCUAUUUCUGGCCGCCGCGCGGGGCUCCGCACCAGACUUUGUCGGGCUCGUGCAUAGUGGCUUCUCCAAGUUUCCUCCGCUGGAGCUUUCCGCAGGUGGGCAGUAGCCGCAACCGCCGCAGAGGCGCCCGCUGAAGAACUCUGCGAACCGAGCUAAACCCAGAGCAGUCGGGCUGGGCCGGAGGGGAGGGCCAGCCGAAGGAGCCCCAGAACAGCGGAGACCAUGGAGGUGCAGCUGGGCUUGGGGAGGGUCUACCCCCGGCAGUCGUCCAAAACCUUUCGGGGAGCGUUUCAGAACCUGUUCCAGAGCGUGCGCGAAGUGAUCCAGAACCCGGGCGCCCGGCACCCCGGUGUAGCCGCGGGCGCAGCACCCCCCGGCGCCCGUCUGCAGCAGCAGCACCACCACCACCAGCAGCAGCAGGCGCCCCAACAGCCUCAGCAGCAGCAAACCAGCCCCCGGCAGCCGCAGCCACCAGCACAGCAGCAGGCGCCCGACGAUGCCUCGCCCCCUACCCCGAGCCGAGGCCCGGCCGGCUACCUGGCUCUGGAGGAGGACUCUCAGUCGCAGCCUUCCCAGCCACCGCCUUCGGCCGAGGGCCGCUCGGAGAAUGGCUGCGUCCCGGAGCCCGGACCGACCGCGGCCGGCGGCAAGGGGCUGCAGCAGCCGGCGGCCGUGGCGGUGGCCGUGGCGGCGGCAGCGCCAGACAACGAUGACUCAGCUGCCCCGUCCACUUUGUCUCUGCUGGGCCCCGGCUUUCCGGGCUUGAGCAGCUGCUCCACCGACCUGAAGGACAUCCUGGCGGAGGCCGGCACCAUGCAGCUCCUGCAGCAGCAGCAGGAGGCAGCGCGGUGGCUGGAGGCAGCGGCGCGGCCGCGGGAAGGAGCCGGGGGCUCCGCCUCUUCCAAAGACAGCUACCUGGGGGGCACCUCGACCAUCUCAGACAGCGCCAAGGAGCUGUGCAAGGCCGUGUCCGUGUCCAUGCUUAGCGUGGAGACUCUCGAGCACCUGAGUCCCGGCGAGCAGCUGCGCGGGGACUGCAUGUACGCCCAGCUGCUGGGGGGCCCGUCGGCGUCGCGCCCCGCGCCUCCCUGCGCCCCCCUGGCCGACUGCAAGGGCUCGCUGCUGGACGACGGCUCGGCCAAGGGCGCCGAAGAAGCCGCCGACUACCCUGCCUUCAAGGGCAGCUACGCCAAGGCGCUGGACGGUGAGAGCCUGGGCUGCUGCGGGGGCAGCGGCGGCGGCGGCGGCGGCGGCGGCAGCUGUGGCGGUGAGGCUGCAGGCGCCGGGCCGCUCGACAUGCAGUCCCCCCUGACUCUCUACAAAGCCGGCCCCCUAGAAGAAGCGACCACCUACCAGAGCCGCGACUACUACAACUUUCAGCUGGCCCUGGCCGGGCCGCCUCAGCCCCCGCCGCCGCCGCCGCCUGCACACCACACGCACGCCCGCAUCAAGCUGGAGAACCCGCUGGAUUACGGUAGUGCCUGGGCCGCGGCCGCCGCUCAGUGCCGCUACGGGGACUUGGCCAGCCUGGCCCACGGUGGGGGAGCCUCUGCGGGCCCAGGUUCGGGCUCGCAGUCCGCUGCCGCCGCCGCCGCAGCCUCGUCCUCCUCCUCUUCGUCCUCUUCCUCCUCCUGGCAUACUCUCUUCGCCUCCGAGGAGGGCCAGCUGUAUGGGCCGUGCGGUGGCACCGCCGCAGCCAGCGAGGCAGCUCCCUUAGCCCCCUAUGGCUACCGGGCAGUUCAGGGGCUGGCGGGCCAGGAGACCGACUUCCCUCCUCCCGAGGUGUGGUACCCCGGCGGCGUGGUGAGCAGGGUGCCCUAUCCGGGCCCGGGCUGUGUCAAGAGUGAGCUGGGUCCUUGGAUGGAGGGCUACUCGGGGGCCUACGGAGACAUGCGAUUGGAGGCUGCCAGGGACCAUGUGUUGCCCAUUGACUAUUACUUUCCACCACAAAAGACCUGCCUGAUCUGUGGCGAUGAAGCUUCGGGCUGUCACUAUGGGGCACUUACCUGUGGCAGCUGCAAAGUCUUCUUCAAGAGAGCAGCAGAAGGGAAACAAAAGUACCUGUGUGCCAGCAGGAAUGAUUGCACCAUCGAUAAAUUCAGAAGGAAAAAUUGCCCAUCGUGUCGGCUCCGAAAGUGCUAUGAAGCAGGGAUGACCCUUGGAGCCCGGAAGCUAAAGAAACUUGGGAACCUGAAGCUGCAGGAGGAAGGCGAGGCCUCCAGCUCCACCAGCCCCAAUGAAGAUCCAGGGCAGAAGCUCACAGUUUCCCACAUUGAAGGCUUUGAGUGCCAACCCAUUUUCCUGAAUGUCCUAGAGGCCAUCGAGCCAGGAGUGGUGUGUGCUGGCCAUGACAACAACCAGCCUGACUCCUUCGCUGCUUUGCUCUCCAGCCUGAAUGAGCUGGGAGAGAGGCAGCUGGUGCACGUAGUCAAGUGGGCCAAGGCUCUGCCUGGUUUCCGGAACCUGCAUGUGGAUGACCAGAUGGCUGUUAUCCAGUACUCCUGGAUGGGACUUAUGGUGUUUGCCAUGGGCUGGAGAUCUUUCACCAACGUCAAUUCCAGGAUGCUCUACUUUGCUCCUGACCUGGUGUUCAAUGAAUACCGGAUGCACAAGUCAAGGAUGUACAGCCAGUGUGUCCGGAUGAGACAUCUCUCCCAGGAGUUUGGCUGGCUCCAGAUCACACCACAGGAGUUUCUGUGCAUGAAGGCCCUGCUGCUCUUCAGCAUUAUUCCAGUGGAUGGACUGAAGAAUCAGAAAUUUUUUGACGAACUUCGAAUGAACUACAUCAAAGAGCUUGAUCGGAUAAUUGCCUGCAAGAGGAAAAAUCCAACCUCUUGCUCACGGCGCUUUUACCAACUCACCAAACUCCUGGAUUCCGUGCAGCCUAUUGCCAGAGAACUGCACCAAUUCACUUUUGACCUACUAAUCAAGUCACACAUGGUGAGCGUGGACUUUCCUGAGAUGAUGGCCGAGAUCAUCUCCGUACAAGUGCCCAAGAUCCUUUCCGGAAAAGUCAAACCCAUCUACUUCCACACACAGUGAUGCUUUGCAAGCCCUUCUUUCCUUCUCCCUUUUCUGCCGUCUUUUGCCUGUUGUAAUUCUGCACUACUGUUCUGCAGUGCCUUGGGGAAUUCCCUCUAUUGAUGUACAGUGUGUCCUGGAGAUAGUCCUAACUUCUUACUACCUUCUAAGCUUCUCUUCCCUUCUGCCCUGUCCUCUCUCACUGCCAUCCUCUCUUCCGCAGCCUCCUUUUUGCCUCACUUCUUCUAAAUUCCCAUCUACCUUAGCACCUUCUGACUCUGCUUGGUCUGAAUGGUGCAGUAUCUCUUUGGAUAUGUGCCACUAGUCCUGUGGCCAUGCUCAGACCAGUCAUGUCUUUCUGAUGGCCAUAUGGCAGUUUUCUUCACCUAACACCAUGACAAAUCUCGGGUAUUUAAGGGGACAGGAAGAAAAAACCUCACUGCAGUUCCCCUCCCUUAAAAGACAAACACACAAGCACCCACACCCACGCCAACAACCCCAAGUAUUUCCCAGGGGAUGUGUGGGUGUAUGUGUGUGCUAGCAUUUCUCACCUGGAGCACCCACUCUGCCACCAGUGGCCUUCAGGAGAGAUUCCCCCAGUGAUGGACCUGAGGAGGGGAAAGAAGAGGCGCCUUGCCCCUUCACACACUUACACACACACACACACACACACACACACACACACACACACACACACACACACACACUGAGCAUGUACACACACGUGUGCAUACCCAUACAUCCAGUUUUGGUCUUUGGAUGAUCAGAAAGUCCCACUGCAGUGUACUUAAUGGUACCGAAUCUGCUUUUUGUCCAAAACUUUGCUCUGAUAUUCUUGUCUGCUCUGUGCAUGUGCCCUGCAGUGCCCUCCCCAAGUCCUCCUUGCACCCCGCCCUUUCCUCCCUUCUCCCCUUUCCCCACUGCCCCAGCCCUCAGGAGAGGAGACCAUUCCACAUUGGCUUUCAGCAGCUACUGAGAGCUUUGGACAUUCCCUCAUGCUAAGACUCUAGCCUGAGCAGGCAUGAAAGAGGCUGAAACAAGGUUAGCUCAGUGGGAACCUCUCUGUUCUUCAGCUCUGUCUUGCCUUGGGUAGGCCGAGAACAAAUUGUGGGCUAUCCCUGGGGACAAGAAAUGGAGCCUGCCACCUUCUGAGCCCAGGGUAAGCAUAGGUGUCACUGGGCGUUCCCCCUGCUCAAGGCUUACUCCCAUCCUUGUUUGCCCACCUCCUCCAAAGACCCAACAAAGUUCUCCACCUCACCAAGGCCCUAGGAUCCCCGCUCCCUUUCUUUCCCUUCUGGCUCUGGUCACUAGGUUCCACUUUGCUGAUGGCAUGUGACUUACUCCCUGCCCCAGCAUCUUCACCCAGACUCUCUGAUGAGAGUUACAACCAAGAAGGCCAGCAGACUUUGAGCACUCUCUCUGCCUGCCCUGUGGCCAUGGGACUCCUGACAAUGGCUGAUUGGCACCGACAGUCUCAGAUCCGGAGCAUCUUUUGAUCAACUGGAAAGAGUUAGAGUCGCGAGCCAAACUUCUGAAACUGGCCAUCAGCAGGCAACAUGGAUACCUGAUCAGGUUCCGUACUGGCCAAAGGCAGGGAAGCUGGUACACAUGAGAAGAUCCCAUUAUAGAAAGCUUGGGGAUCUGGAGUAAACACUCCCUGACACUUUGGAAUCAAAUCAGUGAGUGGCCAGGGCACAAUUUGAGAACAAAAAGUGUAUAUGCCAGGACCAAGACCACUGGUAGAAACUGGCAGUUGGCAGUGAACAUCCCCCAGAUGUCCUCUUCAACCCAGAUCAUCACUCAAUCUGCAGCAAAAGAGGACACGCCAAAAGGAGGCUGGUGUUCAGGAUGAGCGGAGCAGGGUGAAGGCAGAAGCUGGGAGGGACAAUAUCCUGGCAUGAGAUUCACUGCCUGCUUAUACCUGGCCAUGGUAUUGGCCACUCGCCAGGAGGAUAAGGUGAGGUGGGGGAAGAUCUCCCUCUAAGGACGGACUCUCUGUUUCAUUCUGCUCAUCUGGGGUUAGCUGGAGCCAUUAAGACUUCCUCUGAAACCAGCGCCUCUUUUGCAAAGGGGGUUUUUGCAGCCACCUGUGCAGUCAGGGUUCCCAGUUAGGAUAGUGCCCUUCAGGGGACCCCCGCAUUCUGAUGACUUUUGUGUAUCCCUCAACCCUAUACCCCGCAAGGCCUUAUUGCCACAGGGGAGUUUUGCCCACCUCCCCUUCUGAGCCCCUGUUGCUUUCUCCACCUGUUAAGUUCAAGAUGUGGGAACCGGCAAACCGCCAGCCUUGGCUAACCUAUCAUCAUCACGUUUAUGGAGAAGAUAGCUCCAAAAAUCUCGAACCAGCAAGGGUGUUCUAUCCUAAUUUCUGAAGUUUUACCUGUAGUCCAUUAAACUCACAGGCUGGAUUCUUUGAAUAUAGAGAAGGAAGGGAGCCUGAGAUUAGUUGUUGCUACUCUAGCAAGCCCAGCUGGGAAAAAUGUAAGUGGAUGGGCUCCCUUUCUAUGGGAGAAUAGGCAGAUCCCAGUUUUCUUUCUCACAGUAACAUCUGGUUUAUGUAAACUCACAGCAUCAUUUUUAGCUGUUUUUAAUAGACAACAAACCAAAAACAAAAACCCCAAAAAAGCAAAAAGAGUAAUUCACCACUCUUUUCAGUUAAGCUAGGUUACAUUUUAAUAGUUUCUUUUACGACUGUUUCCAAAAGGAUGUCCAUCUUUUGGCUUUAUUUUGCUCCUUGUAAAUACUAAGAUGAGCCUCUUCAUUUCUGAGUACCAGCUUUUUCAUCUUCAUGGAUUUCCUGAUGAAGUCUUGUCUAUGUGAACAUAUAUAUGUGUGUAUAUAUAUAUAUACACAUAUAUAUAGAUAGAUAGAUAUAGAUAUAUGUAUAUACACACACACACCUAUAUACAUAAUUUUGAAAGCCAAAAAUACAAGAAAUAGCAGUAUAAUUAACAAGCAGUUGUAACUGGAUGACUCUGGCUUAAGAAAUGACACCAAGUCCAGUUUGAGUAAAGCCAUGCACACUGAAAUCCAUUUCCUUGAGCUUUGGUUUGGGAAGAAAGAACUUCCAAAGCUGCAGGGAAAGUCUGGUUUGGCUUCUCCCCCUCCCUGCCCUCUCCUCCUUCUGCUCCUAGGUCAAAGGGGUAUGGUUUUGGUUGGGGGGAGGGAGUGUUUUUGUUUUUGUUUUGGUCAUUGUGGGAGUUGCGGCAAUUGUCUUUGGGAAGAAGGCUUUUGUUUUGCAUGUGCUCGACAUGAUACAAAGAUUGAGAGCUGGCACGCUCACUAGGGACUGAGGCCCACUCCAAGUGUCGAGGAGCAAGAAGCUGUGAGGCCAGCCUCACCAUAUUCCAUGGCAUUGCCCUGCCAAGCAGAGACUCCUCCCCCCCCAAGAGUUAGCCAGGGGGUGCAAAAGGAAGGCCAAAGAAGAAGGGACUGCCUGGGACAGAUAAUGGGGGUCCCCUGUAGCUGUGCAUUUUGGCCAGUGUGGCAUAGUCAGUGUCGAGCAAGACAGAUCCUCUUUCCUGUCUCAGCCAUUGUCUGCAUGGUGGCCAAGUGUGGUACCAGGCCAGCCUCUGAUCUGGGGCAGGGUCUGGCCUUUUGGCUUGCAGGCUUUUCUGUGCCCUCCAGUAGUCAUCAACACUUGGAAUGGUUCUAUUGUUUUUUCUUUCUUUCUUUUUUAAUUACAGUACUUUGAGAAAAAAAAUUUUGAAGGAUCCUAUCAUGUAUCAUCAGUGCAUAUAUCUUUUCUAUAUGUUCACUGGGAUUCUAAAAAGAAUAGAAAAAAACAAGUUCUCCAACUUGCCCAUUCGGCAGUUGCUGAGGUAACGUCAGGCUUGGGAAAUGGCAUUGUGCUGAUGCUGCCCUGGCCCACCCUCUGUCCAUCCAGCCAUAUAGAUAUGCACAUAGACCUCUGGAUGGAGUCUUCUGGGCCUUCUGAGGCAAGAACCGGCCUCAGCCCACAUGGACAUGACGUGAUUCCAAUGGCCUUACUUUGAGUUGGUCCUGUGAGCAGCCCACAGACACUGUCUUAGCCUCCUAAUUCUGCUAAAUCCUGUUGGCACCCAAGGUCCUGGUCCCCUCCUUCCUUCUUUGCCCAGACCCCAGCACUGUUGUCACCAUCCACGCUCCUAGUUAUUCUCUCCAUCUGUCUCUCUCCCUCUCCCUCUGCCUUUCCUCCCCUUGCCUUCCUUCUUUCCCUUCCUCUCCUCUUGCCCUUUCUCCCCUCCUCUCCAUCUCCUUCCCUCUGCUUUCCCCUGCACCCUGCAACCCUACCCUCAUCACCCACAUGACCCAGUCCCCUCUAGGUGAGAGGACCCUUGGCCCUAUUGGGCUCCCACUCAGCCCUGUCCCACUGCCUGAGGAGGAGGAGGGGUGUGCAGGAGUGUUCAGGUGCAGUCUGAAAGUCCAAAGCUGGGCAUUCACUAUAAUCCUGGUGGAUGUGUGGUUUCUUAUGAAAGGAAGCUGGCCUUUUAUAGGCCGCUGGACUGUUGCUAUUCAUCUCUUCGAAGGUACUUUCAAGCAGGAGAGAGCAGGAGAAAUGGAUGCACCAUUCUAUGUAACCAAAGACAACAAAUGUAUUUGCUAAGAUACCAAAACUGUUGGGAGAGAGAGAGAGCGAGAGAGAGAGAGAGCGAGAAAGAGAGAGAGAGAGAGAGGCCACUCUUUGAUAAGGCAGCCAAAGUCAAAAGGACUUGGCCGAUAAUUCAUUUACAAGAUAUUUUCUUCUUUCACAAUUUACACAUUUAGAGAAGUUAAAUAUAAUUUGGAGGGGAAAAACUGGGUUUCUGGGUCCUUUGAUGCGUGAUUUUUUUUUUCAAAUUAGCAGAAUUAGCUUUUGUUUUUCUUUUAGUAGCUGCUGAGCAAAUCCCCGAAGCUCUAUUGUUGCAUGUUUGGAAAUGGAGCUGGGUUUGGCUUUUGCAUCUGCUGGCAUCCAUGUCUAGCGCAGCUAAAGAUGUGAAGCCCUGCUGAGAAAAGGGUGCAUUCAAAAGGACAGGAUUUGCACUAGAGGGACAGACAGCAGGCAGAAUCUCCCAUUUCUGCCCACUGAGAUGGUGCACCGAAUUCUCUGCAGUUUGCCGCAGAGGGUUGAAAUAUAUUGUAAAUGAGUAUUUGUAUCCAUGUUUCAAAAUUGAAUUUUAUAUAUAGAUAUAAUAUGUUCUGCUCCUUUUGCCUUUUGCUUUGCCAUCCACGUUUGGUUCCAGGUGAUACCUUGAUGCUAUAUACUAGCAAGAGGCCUUGGCCUUGAUUCAGAGGUCCUCUCAGGGUAGACAGGAUGCUUGAGUUGUCUGGCCCAUAGGUUCAGGGAGGACAGUGGAGGAGAGAGGGAAGGAGAGAGGGAGGGAAGACGGGGAAGAGAGUCGUUAUCAUACCUUGUUGGCCCAUGCAUGUGAAACAGGUGUGGUGCGGACUCAUUGAAACCUCAGGGAGAUUUGUUGGGGAUCUGGGUAAAGGAGAAAGAUGAGGGGUGCUCCAGCCUUCCCUGAAUCAUGAGCCAGCUCCAGCCCCAGCCUCUGUCCAAGUGGGGAGUAGGUGUGGGGAGGGAUCAGAAAGCGGGAAAGGGAGAGGGCUAGGGUGCUCCUUUGGCCUACCCAUGCCACCAGUCCCGUGGAGUUCUGAGGCACAAGGGCACGAACAGUGAACUCAAACACCGUUGAGUUGUUCUUGCUAUAUAUUGGGUGUCUUGUGCUCUUAAUUCUGGUUUUAGAGACUUUCUGUAAAGAUUAUGGCAAAUGAAAUUGUGUUUUCUCUGUUAACUUGUCUCUGUAAUAAAGCUUCCUUUCCAUAGGUAGAAGGGCCUCCUCUGCCUAUAGGGAUUUUCACUUCUAUUAAUUUCUUGCUGGGGCCUGUAACCAGGAGUAGCUCAACCCACCACCAUUUCUAGAGGAAGGCCGAAUAAUUCCCCAUCAGUCAUUUGUCUCAAAGGCCUUGUUCUAGUCCUGAGAGCAGCGAAAGAAGUCAGGAUCCCCCAGAGGGAAAUGAUGGGUGACUUCAUUUACUAGUCGGAUUUUCAAAUAGAGUGAUGCAGAGUUUGUUUUGUUGGGGUUUUUUUUUAGAUUUUUUUUUCCCCCUCACACAAUUUGAUUGAAAGAAUAAACAAGUUAUCAUGCAUUGAUUGCUUCCCAGUUCAGUUGAGGGGGA